UCACGAGUGUAUAGGUGCUGUUGUAAAUUUGGACAGAGCGGCGGGAGGGGUUACUUUUUCUAACCUUUUUUAAAAACCAGGGAAGAGUGAGACUUGGUCGGCUGUUGAUACGUGGGUCACCACGCAACAUCAGAUAUUGAAAAUGUCUUCCUUGAACUGGAAUUUUCAAAAUAAAUACUAAUAGCAGUUCCUGGCGGAGAAAUGAACAGAGUCCUCGCGUGUGCUUUGUGAGCCGAUAAGGAGAAAGGUGACGCCCCGAGAUGACAGAUCUAAACGAAAGGUUCAGUUAACUUCUUCGCUACGUUGAAAGCGGAAAUGUAAUCUUAAAAAAAAGAAAGAAAGAAAAGCAGAAUAUAGAAGCCAGCUUAAAAACAUUUUCACACACAGGUUAUAGUCCAUACGAGCUGAUUGCUUUAUGCUGACGUUUAUAUUUUGUAUGAAGACAAUGACGGAGAAUUCCAAAGGUUUCAAUUCAGGACCUGUUGCGUACAUCCUCGUGGAUUUUUUAUUUAAUUUUUUUUUUCACUUUCUGAGGCAAGUGAAUUGCAUUAACGCGUUUGGUGGAAACUAAAGAACAGCCAGGUAUCAAGACUCCAGAUUACUGCAACUUUUCCCCAUUGCAUUCUCUUGGAAUCGGUUCAUUUGUAUUCCUGCUUCCAGCUUUAUGUGACCAAGCUGGAUUUGGGACCAGCUUCACAAAGGUAUGAAAAAUGAAUGCUGGGGGCAGAAAGGUGAAGAUCCUAGGUAUCAUGAUGACGUUCAAUUUCUUCAUUUACAUCGUGGUGGAAGUCUCCUGGGGUGGUAACCAGGACAGAAACAGUAAAGUCAGAGUCCCAGACAAGAAGUUUUGGAAAAAACUGGUUCCAAGUGAAGCUUACUGGAACCAUGAACAGCAGAAGUUGGACCUCUUGUACAACCCUAUUCUGACUGCAUUAAACAGCACUAGCAGUGGUGUGGAGACAAGUCUGAAUGUUAGUCAACUGAAUCCUUGUGAUCCUGACCUUAGAGUCAAGACCCUGGUGAAGGACUAUAACUCCCUACCAGAACGCUUCAAGGAUUUCCUCUUGUAUAUGAAGUGUAGGACAUAUCCCCUGGUAGUCAACCAGCCAAGCAAAUGCAUUGACAAGCCUUUCCUUUUGCUCGCUAUAAAGUCACUCUCUCCGCACUUUGAUAGGAGGCAAGCCAUACGCGAGUCUUGGGGAAAGAAAGGUAAGAUAGGCAACUACACGGUGGCCAUUGUGUUUUUGUUGGGAAACGCCACCGGCAUGGAUCAUUUUCCUGACCUUUCUGAAAUGCUGCGAUACGAGAGCAACAUACACGGUGACAUCCUGCUGUGGGACUACAGAGACUCCUUUUUCAACUUGACGAUAAAAGAAGUGCUGUUCCUGGAGUGGGUCACCAAGUUCUGCUCUGACGUGAAAUUCAUUUUUAAAGGAGACGAUGAUGUUUUUGUCAAUACAUAUAGGAUCCUGGAAUACUUGAAGAGCUUAGGCGAAGCUAAAGCCAAAGAUUUAUUUAUUGGGGAUGUCAUCACAAACGCGGGACCUCACAGAGACAAAAAGCUGAAGUACUUUAUUCCGGAGAGCAUGUUCAUGGGGCAGUACCCUCCUUAUGCAGGUGGAGGUGGCUUUCUUUACUCGGGAAACCUGGCGAUAAGACUUUACAAUGCAUCUCAUCAAGUAUUGCUGUAUCCAAUUGACGAUGUCUACACUGGUAUGUGCCUUAAAAAGCUUGGCCUUGCUCCUGAAAAGCACAAAGGAUUCAAAACUUUUGAUAUUGAAGAAAAAUACAGAAGCAAUCCAUGUGCUUACAAAAGCCUAAUACUGGUACAUAGCAGAACUCCACAAGAGAUGAUCAAAAUAUGGUCCUGGCUGAAUAAUCCAGAGGUGACCUGUCAGUAAGGACUUCACCGGGGCUAAGGUUUAUGUCUUUGAAAAAAGUGGGCAGCUCAUUUUGCAAUUCAAUUUGGGCCUUAAUUUAAAUGUAUGUGGUGUGGUGUCUGCCUUGCCCAGAAGUAUUGUAUUGAUAUCCAGGUUCCUGUUGACCAAGGAUUUCUUAAUGCAAAGUCGUGAUGUACUGUGAUCCAAGCAGCCUUGAAGAAUCUGAAAGAGCAUAUGAAAGGUUCUAAUAUUUUAGAAUACAUUUUCUUUUUUCUUUUUUUUUUUCAAAGGAAGCAGAUGUCCCCAGUUUGAUAAACACACAACCUCCUUAUUUACUAAAGGAUUUUAUAUUUUAAAUUGUACAGUUCCAAAUGGAUAAAAUUGCCAGUCAAAUAUCAGAGGAAAACAAACGCUACAUUCAUUAAAAUAUCAGUUAAUAUAUGUUAAACGUUUGUGAAGACUAUAUCACAGCAAUUCCAACUUGGCUAAAGUAUGAAGAGCAUUAUUUGCAUUCACUAUCACUGUCUUGGGUGCAAGGCAUUUGUGUUUUAUGUUUUUACCGUUGUACCAAAAAAACCAUUGUGUAAACUUGUGUGAUAAUGAUGUUGCCUAUGUCAUUGGAAAGCUGUGUAUGACUUAAAUGUUGGUACUGUAUGAAGCAGAGGCAAGAGACAAAUUCACAGGCUUUACUGUUUUGCCGUUCUGAUGAAUCUGCAAGAGCAGAAUAGGUAAAAAAUAUAUACAGUACUCUGUCGCAUAUCCAACUACGGUGGGACUAGAGUAAGGGUGGAUAUGUAAAAAGUCGGAUGAAUGAAUCUUGUUUUAAAUAUCAUUGUACACAGCUGUAACAAUUAAUAUAUUCUGACAGUUGUGCCACUUGGGUACAUGCAUUCACAGAUCAAGAUAGAGACGGAGGUUUAAGUUGAUAUGCCUCGCAGGCAAACAGGAUGCAUUUACAUAUCAAGUCGACACACUGAACAGCUCAUGUGACACUACUAGCAAUGGCAGCGCAUAGAGCACAUACAACACAGUGUACAAAAACUUUGGUAGCAUCUACAAUAUCUGAACUAAUCUUCUCUGUUCAAUAAUAAACUAACGCUGCUGAAGAUGUUGAUCAUGGGGGAUAUGUGACGGGCGGAUGCACGACGGAUUACUGUAAUUAUAAAAGAAGUUAUUUGUCUCAAUUUAAGGAAUGCUGUGUAAUUUAAAACGUCUGUACUUCCAGCUGCUUUGCUCACUUAAACAAAGCUAUGGUCAAAAUAUACAGAAGACUACUUUGGUCUUUUAAAGUGUAAAUUCUGUAGUUGUACUGCGUGCCCCUUACUUUGUGUUAAUUGGCAGAUAAAAGGUAUUAAACAACCUAAAACUAAACCAAAUGCUUAGGCUAAAAGGUUGGUACUCCACGCUGCUUGUUUUCAGGCAACACUGUUUUUUUUUUUUUUUUUUUAGUUAACUACUUCUUUACCAGUAGCUGUGCUUGCCAGCAUCCGGAAAAUAGUAAAUAGUGAGAUAGUUUGGAUAAGGUGUUUGAAAACUGAAAGUAAAGGUUCUCCAAACAUGUGGUAUUUUAAGUGGCAGCCUAUUUAUUAUGUUGAAGGAAAACAGAGAUAGCACAAGCCACAAGGGACCAUUUUAAAAAGUACAUUGAAAACCUUGUUUGCAGCAAUUUAUAUUAGUGUAAAAAUAGUGUCUGUACUUUUGCUUAUUUAACUGUAUUAUAACGUACAUUGGUGACUUUGUCACCUGUAUCAUACAGCACACUGUACGAUAUUCAAUAUGUACUGUAUUUCCUCCCCUCUGUCUGUUCCAUAUUCCCCAGGAACCUGUAUGUAUUUUACAAAAACUUUCUGUCUACAAAUAAUCAGGACUAUACUGAGUAUAUCAUGGGGAGUAAUUGGUUCUUAAAAGAAACUAAACCAUGUUUUAAGAAAUGUUGUGAAAUGUUUUUUCAGCUGUUGAUGUAUUGCUUUAUUUGCCGUCUGUUCUGUUACAGACAAGCUGAAUGGUUUGGUUUGUUUUUUUUUCUUCCAAAAUAGUUCUGUUUGUGUGCUUCCUGUGUCUGUGGGUAAAUAAUAAAGUGCCUGCUGUUUUUAUUUAUUGUUUAGCGUUGAAGACUAAACUGUUUGUUUUUUACCUCCUAAUAUCAUACUCUUAGUGCUCCUUUUAUAUGCAUAACUGAUGCACAAAGAGUUUAUUAGUUUGUAUUAGAAUACAAUGUCUCUUAAUAAAGUGAAUUUAAAAGUG